UGUUGAUUUUUACGGUAAGAGCAGCUUUGGAAAAGCUUGGUACAUUAGACAUAGCAAGAUAUCACAUCCGUAUACGAACGUUCACAAGCAUGAAAGCAGUUCUCUAUAAAACCGGUGGCGUUGAGAACCUAUAUCUCGGCACAGCCCCGAAGCCGACGGCCGGAAAAACUCAAGUGCUAAUCCGCGUGGAAUACACAGCGCUGAAUCGAGCGGACACUCUGCAAAGACGAGGACUUUAUCCCUCUCCUUCUCUACCUCCUGGGCAACCCGACAUUCUGGGGCUUGAGGUAUCUGGUGUGAUCGAGGAGGUCGGUGGCGAAUGUGCUGGGACAUGGAAGCAAGGCGACAAGGUUAUGGCUUUGUUACCAGGAGGAGGGUAUGCGGAAUAUGUUGCUGUUGAAGAGGUCCUUGUCAUGCCUGCACCUGAUUCUCUUGAACUUUCUGAUGCGGCAGCCAUUCCUGAAGCAUGGCUAACAGCAUAUCAGCUCCUGCACUUUCUCGGGCGAGUUGAGAGUGGUGAUGUAGUGCUUAUUCAUGCUGGUGGCAGUGGUGUUGGAACAGCACUGGUGCAGCUGUCACUAGUGGCUGGAGCACAGCCAUAUGUGACUGCAGGCUCAGAGGAAAAGAUCAAAAUGGCAGAGUCACUUGGAGCCAAGGGAGGCUUCAACUAUAAGACAGGAGAUUUUUCCAACUGGAUAGAAAGUGUUACUGGAGGAAAAGGAGUGAAUGUGAUUCUAGACUGCGUUGGUAGCUCUUUCUGGGAAAAGAAUAUCAAAGUCCUUGCUGUUGAUGGUCGUUGGGUGUUGUAUGGUACACUGGGCGGAGGAAAUGUAGAUGGUAAUCUUCUUGGAGGUCUACUCAAAAAGAGAGGUUCUCUGAUAGCCACAACCCUAAAGCAUAGACCUCUUGAGUACAAAGCUAAAUUGGUACGAGCGUUUACGGAAAACAGUGUUCCUUUAUUCGCCGCUGGAAAGCUGAAGACCAUCGUGGACUCAGUCCUUCCCAUGGAUCAGAUACAGCUUGCUCACGAGAAGAUGGAGUCCAACAAAAAUAUUGGAAAAAUAGUUGUUCAAAUAGCAGCACCUUGAAGGAGACA